AAAAGCUGUGAUACUACAGUCUGCUCAUACUUCACAAUUUUAGCCAAAGGCGGCAGCUGUUCUCAGAUGCAUGCUUUCUCCCAUUCUACAGUAUAAUGCAUGCCAAGGUGAAUGAUGGCAAAUAUUCUUUGUGGACUUUCCAGAGGUUGAGUCUGUGUAUCAUAUUAGUAGAGCUCUGUAGGACACAUGAAGACAUUUCGACACAGGACAAAGAUGUGGAACUGGGUGGCAAUGUUACCUUGAGCUGUACUCCAACAAAGCAUUAUGACACUGUUCAAGUUACGUGGCAAGAAAAAACUGAUCAAGGCAUUGAAAAUAUGGCAGUGUACAAUAAAACAGGUGGAAAUGUUCUUCCCCCGUACAAACAUCGAAUCCGUUUUGUAGCUCCAGGACUCAAUGAUACCGCCAUCACUUUUUGGAAUGUCAGCAUCCAAGAUAAUGGAUGCUAUUACUGCAUAUUUAAUACGUAUCCUUUAGGUCCCAUCUCAGGAAAUCCUUGUCUUUCUGUUUAUGACCACCUCCAAACAUUCCUACACUAUCAAAUCUUUGAUGGACAUUUGAAUGCCUCCUGCAUCGCAACUGGCUUCCCACGUCCUAAUAUCUCAUGGGUUGCAUCAGGAGCGGAAAAGAAUGAAAAGGAGGUCACAAAUCCCAAUGGCACAGUCUCUGUUAUAAGUAGCAUCCUUGUCAAUGUUUCAAGUUUGAAGCAACAGCCAAUCUGCAGAGUGACACACAGGAGAGAAGAGACAGAUCUCAAGAUACCAGAAGCAGAAAGAGGCUAUCUAGAUCCUGUGGUUCUAACUGUAUUGGUCCUUAUAAUUGUUGUCAUCCUGGUAAUUAUUGCAGUAUGUUGCUGGAGACGCCACAGAAAAAAACGCAGUGGGUUCUAAGUUAUUCUUCAAUCAACCAUUGGAUUUCAAAAACCAGACAAGUAAAGGCUUCAGUACCGCUAACAUCAGACUGACGUUACAACUGGUUUUAAGACAAAACAAUAAUCCAUCAGUCAAGUCUGGAAAAAGGUGGGAGGACAAGAGAGAAAACUUAGAAUGGAAAGAAUUUGUCGCUGACAUUAUCUCAACUCUCUUUAGGAACAGAAUGUCUGAAGCAUGUAAAUUUUAGAUCACAGCUUGAAAAAAAAUGCCUUUUUUUUGGACUACAACUCCAGACAGUGGAUGGUAGAAUUCCUAGAACUGUAGCCCCCCCAAAAAAAGUAACCCUUUCAAGCUUUUUUUGAGGUGUACAAUGCAGUUUCACAGAUGGCACCUGAAAGCUAUAUUAGUCAAUCUCUGCUUUUACACAGGCAUUAGUUUCAUCCUACACUGUGCUACAUGGCUUUAUAUUGUGUUUCAGUGGUGUAACUAAUUUAUUUCAAACUCUGGAAUUAAUGCCUGAUUCCCUUAGACCCCAUGCACUUAGAUGAUAAUACAUAUUCCUUCACUUACCUUCAGAUAUGGGAAGUCAUGGUGCUGGAGCUCUCCUGCUUUCUCUGCAGAGGGGCCUUGGAAUUCUUGUCUUGUCUGGAGAGCAGAAGUGGCUACGUCUGCUUGUUUUGUUUUGAAAUUCUUGUGCUAAGUAUGGAGACAUUUGCUGCCUUUUUAUUUAAAAUAAACCAAGUAAAAUAAUCUUAAAAAAUAUCAGCAUGCAUUAUUUUAUAGAUCCCUUUGGUUUUUUUU